AUGCCGAAGGCUACGUCACAGACUUUCACGCGCAACCAUGGAGUCAUCGCCGCGUCGCAGCGACCAGGCAAGACGCAGGAGCCGGGGACGAACGCGACCGGCAGCGCGGGCGGAGCGCGCAACCAUCUGUUCAACACGGAGCGAUUUGGACAGCAUAUCCUGACGAACCCGCUUGUCGCUCAGGGAAUCGUCGACAAGGCUGAGCUGAAGCCGACCGACGUCGUGCUCGAAGUCGGUCCGGGUACGGGUAACCUGACGGUGCGCAUCCUGACGGCGUGUCGAAAGGUGACUGCUGUGGAGAUGGACCCGCGUAUGGCUGCCGAGGUGCAGAAGCGUGUGCUCGGAACGCCGCAACAGAAGAAGCUCGACAUCAUUCUCGGCGACUUUGUCAAGGCGGACCUUCCCUACUUUGACGUCUGCAUCUCGAACACGCCGUACCAGAUCUCGUCCCCGCUGGUGUUCAAGCUGCUCUCCCACCGGCCGCUGAUCCGGUGCGCCGUGCUCAUGUUCCAGCGCGAGUUUGCGCUCCGUCUCUGCGCCAAGCCCGGGUCGAAGCUCUGGUGCCGUCUCUCGGCCAAUGUGCAGAUGUUUGCCCGCGUCGAGCACGUCAUGAAGGUCGGCAAGGGCAACUUCCGCCCGCCGCCGCAGGUCGAGUCCUCCGUCGUCCGCAUCAAGCCGUACAACCCCCCGCCUGCUGUCAAGUUUGAGGAGUUUGAUGGCCUCAACCGUAUCGUCUUCUCGAGGUCGCACAAGACGCUCCGCGCCAACUUCAAGGCUAAGGGUAUCAAGGAGAUGAUUGAGAAGAACUACAAGACGUGGUGCGCCAUGAACGAGAAGAUGAUCGACGAUGACUUUGACGCCUGGGCCCUCAUCGAGGAGGUUCUCGCCGAGACUCUUGUCCCCGCCAAGACGCUCGACGAGAACGAGCAGCGGCCCGCGUUCGGCGACAUGCGUGCCGCCGUCCUGUCUGGCAACGACCUGCUCGAACUCCUGAAGGCUUUCAACCUUCGCGGCAUCCACUUCGCCUAA